AUGCCUGAAGAGGCAAAAUACAUCGACUAUUCCCCCGCCCCUCACGGCUCAAAACACGAGGAUGGCGCCCCAGUCCUGAACAGAUAUUCCACUGUUCUGACUCGCGGCCAUGAUUCCCCUGCCGCACAGGCAAUGCUGUACGCCGCCGGCGUCCCUGAUCAAAAUGCCAUGAAAAAGAGUCCCCAAAUCGGAGUUGCGUCGGUCUGGUGGGAAGGCAAUCCGUGUAAUAUGCACUUGUUGGAUUUGGGAAAGACGGUGAAGAAGGCUAUUACAGAUAGAGGAUCGAUUGCAUGGCAGUAUAAUACUGUUGGUGUUUCGGAUGGAAUUACCAUGGGAACCGAGGGAAUGAGAUUUUCUCUGCAAACUCGAGAAUUGAUUGCUGAUAGCGUUGAGACGGUCACUUGUGCGCAGUAUCAUGACGCAAAUAUUUGCAUCCCCGGUUGCGAUAAGAACAUGCCCGGUGUGAUUAUGGGCAUGGCUCGACACAAUCGACCAUCUAUCAUGAUUUACGGAGGUACAAUCGCCGUCGGAUACUCUGAUAUAUUACGAAAGAGAAUCAAUAUUUCCAGCUGUUUCGAAGCCGCAGGUGCUUAUGCGUACGAUACGCUCCGCCAACCGGACGAUGGGGGUGAUACGAGCAAAAAUAAAGAUGAGAUUAUCGAGGAUCUUGAGCGACAUGCCUGUCCCGGUGCGGGUGCUUGUGGAGGAAUGUUCACGGCGAAUACGAUGGCCACGGCUAUUGAGUCUAUGGGAUUGAGUCUUCCGGGUUCUUCGUCUACGCCGGCCGAGUCACCCGCGAAGAUGCGCGAGUGUGUCAAGGUAGCAGAUGCUAUCCAUGUUUGUAUAGAAAAGGAUAUUACGCCACGGAAACUUCUCACUAAGCGCUCCUUUGAGAAUGCCUUGGUCAUGACCAUGGCCCUGGGUGGAAGUACGAAUGCUGUGUUGCACUUUUUGGCAAUGGCACGAACCGCCGAGGUAGAUUUGACUCUGGACGACUUCCAGAGAGUCAGCGACAAGAUCCCAUUUAUUGCUGAUUUGGCGCCGAGUGGUAAGCAUUAUAUGGCUGAUUUGUACGAGGUUGGAGGUAUUCCAUCUGUGCAGAAGCUUUUGAUUGCUGCCGGGUUGCUGGAUGGUGAUAUCCCCACGGUGACGGGCAAGACUCUUGCUCAAAAUGUGGAGUCUUUCCCCUCACUUGCUCAAGAUCAGGUCAUUAUUAGACCCUUGGACAACCCCAUUAAACCUACCGGACAUAUUCAGAUUCUCCGUGGUAAUCUAGCUCCGGGAGGUGCAGUGGCCAAGAUUACGGGCAAAGAAGGAUUAAAAUUCACCGGUAGAGCCCGCGUAUUCAACAAAGAACACGAACUCAACGACGCCCUCGCCAAGAGCCAGAUUCCUCGCGACGAAAACCUGGUCCUGAUCGUCCGCUACGAAGGUCCCAAGGGCGGACCCGGCAUGCCAGAACAACUCAAAGCCAGCGCAGCAUUGAUGGGCGCAAAACUCACCAACGUGGCUCUACUCACCGAUGGAAGAUACUCAGGUGCUAGUCACGGCUUCAUUGUAGGCCAUAUUGUGCCGGAAGCCGCGGUUGGCGGCCCAAUUGCCCUUGUGCAAGAUGGGGAUGUGAUUACGAUUGAUGCGGAGACGAACGAACUCAAAAUGGAUGUUUCGAAAGAGGAAUUGGAGAGACGAUCAAAGAUUUGGCAACCACCUAAGCCGCAGGUGACACGGGGUGUGAUGGCCAAGUAUGCUAGGCUGCCGCACCUGGAGGUGCACGUAUCAUACGAAGCAGCUCAGCGAUAUUUCGACAUUGAAGCGGGCCUCGCUUUGCAUCCCAAUGAAAUUGCUGCCAUGCCCUCGAUUGGGGAGAAGGUGCGAGAUGCCUAUUUCAACGACGUCAUCAAUAUCGGAGAUGAACAAAGAUAUUGCUCGACCGAAGUGAUUAUCACUCAGGGUCCCAUGAAGGCUAGCCAGACUAGGUUUCGAGCAGGCUUUGCCGCCAUGGGCGGCCACAGAGCACAACCCAUCAUCAUCCUACGUCAGUUUGCAAGGGCGAGCAUGUAUGAUCGACGAUACGGCGCAUGCUACGGCCUCCCUGGUCCGGCCAGGGCGCCUCGCAAGCGCUCCAAGACGUAG